GCCAUCGCCGUCGCCGUCGCCGUCGUUGUCGCUUCCCCAUUUGCCUAUUUAGCAUUACAAAACUGCUGUUUUUGUAUUCUUUGAGCCGCACACCUUUUGUGAGUUUUCGCUGUCGUUCGUGCUUUUUUCAACGUUCUCUUUCAAUUUAAUGAAUCGCUGGCCACCGUGCGGGCAAGCUGCCAGACAGCGGUGUCGCUUCACGGGCGACGCGAACGCAAGCAGAGCUGCAAUAGUUACAGUUAAAGCUCUUUGAGAGUGUGAGUGUGUGUGUUUUUUGUUUUUAGGGUUCGGUUCGCGCUUCCAAUUCGCUUUUCAGCACUGUUUUCAUUUUCGUUUUACGCUUCAUUUGCGUAACGUGCAGCUGUGUGAACUGUGGCCCUGUCCCUGCACUUGGGCACAUCAUGCUUCAAUGCUGUUCCCGAUUGCCGUCAAUAGCUUCAUAGAAACUAAGCACACGAAAAUUUAACUAAAUCGCUAUAACAAUCCAAGGUGUUUGGGCAUCUACUUUUUUAGCUAAAAAAAACCAAUCUAUAAAGAAAAAACAAAAGCAAAACCCUAUCGUAGAAACAUUAACCCCUUACCCAAGUAAAUUAGCAUCUGGUGCCGGGUGCAGGAAGCUCUGUAACAGACAUAAAACUAACUCAGCAUGGUACGCAGCCGUCGCAGCCUCUCGAAGGAGGAUGCCGUCUCUCUGCUCACGGAUAGCGGUAUUUCGCUGUCAUCGCCGCCGGCGGCGCGAGAGUCCUCGCCCGCUGCGACGGCCAUUAAGCGGCGCAAGAGCAGCCUCAACAGCAGUCUGCAAGAUUUGUUCGUGGAUGGCGAGCAGGAGGCUGAGCAGGACUCAACAGAUACAGAUGCAGACUACAUUCAACCAGAGCCGAAGAAAUCACCACGCAAGACCGAGUCCUCCAAGCGCAAGCAACACGUGUGCAGUCACUGCUCGAAGGAGUUCGGAGGCAAGACCGACUUGCAACGUCACAUGCUCAUCCACUCCGAUGAGCGGCCCCACAAAUGCACCGAAUGCGGCAAGUGCUAUCGCCAGGCGGUGAAUCUUAAGAACCACAUAACCACCGCCCAUGAGCACAAGAAGCAGUUCGCCUGCACGCAGUGCCCGAAGUCGUUUGCCCUCAAGGAGCGGCUCAAGCUGCACAUGCGUCUGCAUUCGGGUGAGAAGCCAUAUCCGUGUGCGCUGUGCGAGAAACGCUUCGCACGAGGCGGCCAACUCCAGCAGCACAUGGUGUCCCACCACAAGAUGAGCAUCCAGCAAUUCAACUGCACCAAGUGCUCGGCCAGCUUUUCUACCAAUGCCAAUCUGCGUGUGCACAUGGAACGCCAUGAGCAGGGUAUGGAGCACAAAUGCACCAUUUGCGAAAGCCAAUUUGCCACUGAAUUGGCUCUGCGCGCUCACAUCAAUCAGGAACACCACAAGCUGAGUCAACUUGAAUGUGAAAUAUGCCAUAAGACCAUCGAACCAGACGAGGACCUGGCCACGCACAUGCAGAAGCACGCUGCGAUUAAGACGCACGUCUGCGAGGUCUGCAAUUCAUAUUUUACACAGAAGUCGCAGUACAAUGUGCAUAUGCGAAUGCAUACGGGGGAGCGGCCGUAUCAGUGUCGGAUCUGUCAUCAAACGUUCGCCCACUCCAGCGUGCUGAAACUGCACAUUCGCAAGCACACGGGAGAAAAGCCAUUUCGCUGCCAGCUAUGCACGGACGAGGUGGCCUUCUCGCAGCUGGCGCAUCUCAAGAACCACAUGAAGAAGAUACACAAGCAGCAGAAACCCUACAUGUGUCCUGGCUGCCAUGAGUUCUUCAAAAUCAAAGUGGAGCUGCAGGCGCAUUCCGAGCACUGUGCCAAGUGCAAAGCAACGGGGGAGCUCAACGAUAGCCAGACCGAAGAUGCUCAUACACUGUCCAACAUUCGGUUUAACAUUGCCGUUGUUUUGAAGAAGAUUAGCUCAGCGCAGAAGCUGCGUCAACUGGGCUACGAGAAGCGUUUGAUUGAUAAUGUUAUCAUCGCAUCCCUGAAGCUGGCACAGCGUCCGUCACACGACGACGCAAAGCUGACGCCUUUGGCUAGGCUGCGCUUAAAUGUCGAGGAGUUUCUCAAGUGGAUUGUGCCCGCGCAGACCAUGCAGAAGUUCAGCGAGGAGCUGCUCUCCAUCGACACGAUACUCGACAAGAUUGCGACCAUGUACAUGAACCAGAAGUAGCGACAGAAAAGAGCGACUAAUGCUCACUGCUUGCCAGCAAAGCGAUUGUGCCAUAGAGUAAACGCCGUGCUUAGAAUUAGUUCUUGCCAUUUCAUUUAGCUGCAAUCCCAAAAAGUUAAAUAGGAAAUUCAACCAAAUGAUUUAGUCCAAAGAUGUUUAGACUUAAGCUCCAAAGUGAAUUUACACAACCUCAGUCUUAGUUAUGCCAAAAA